AUGUACUUCGACGACUCACAGUCACAGCAUCUCCUCCGAGACUACAAUGAAAAUGAAGAAGAAGAAGCUUCGAAUUCGGUUGUGUCACCGAGAACGUGCUCAGAGGGCCACAGAUCCACGCUCUUGCUCCGAACCAAGCAAGGCGGCUCUAUCUGCUUGCUCUGCUUCUCCAACCUCGUCUCCAACCCCGAAUCCCCCACCGUCCACGUGUCCUACGCCCUCUCUCAGCUCUCUCAGGCCAUCUCCUCCGACCCCCCCUUCCUCCGCUCUCUUGUCGACUUCCAUCCUCACUUCCUCGUCUCGCCUCUCGUUCAUGCUCUCUCUUCCUUCGACGACGACCCCAUCGCACGACAAGUCGUCCAUCUCAUUUCCGUUCUCUGCGAAUCUUCCGGUGCCUCGAUCUCUGCUGACUUCGUCGCUAGGGUUUCCGACCGCCUCUCUUCUGGUGCCUUGGCCUGGAGUCGCCGUCAGCUUUAUACGCUUCACUGCUUAGGGGUUUUGUUAAACUGCCAGAAGAAUAAUCCUUAUGCUCACAUUAGAGACAAAUAUGGUCUCAUUACCAAUCUUGUUGAAGGUCUUCAAUUGCCAAGUGAAGAGAUUCGGGGAGAAAUCCUGUUUGUUUUAUACAAGGUAUCUGUUCUCCAAUACGCAUCAGAGGUUGGUGAUGGAACUGAUUUUUUAUUUGCCUUUUGCCCCAAGCUAUUGCGCUUGUCUCUAGAGGCCCUCAUGAAGACCCAAAGCGAUGAUGUCCGCUUGAAUUGUGUAGCAUUCUUGACGGUGUUGGCUCUGAGAGGGCUUUUCGGGGCUGCAUAUGCAGUUGAUUUAAACAGCAUGAGUUCAUCCGAAGGAGAUAGCUUUGAGCAAGCAACAGAAGAUGGAAAAGAUGCGAAUCCAAUGAAUAUAUUGUUUAUGGAAGCCAUCAAAGGCCCAAUGCUUUCAACAGACAGCCAAGUCCAGAUCAGCACACUUGAUUUACUGUUUCAUUACAUGUCCUCCUGGGAAGGCACUUCAGGCAAAGAAGCCCAAUUCCUAGUGGAAGAGAACAUUGCAGAUUAUGUAUUUGAAAUACUAAGAUUGUCAGAAUGCAAGGAUCCAGUGGUCAAAUCUUGUGUUCAGGUACUUGACAUUUUAUCAAAAGCUGAGCAAGCUUUCAAACAGAGGCUUGUUGUUGGGUUUGCAACUUUGGUUCCAGUACUAAAUUAUGUAGCUGACAUUCCUUUCCAUCCAGUUCAAAAUCAGACAUUAAAACUCAUUCUGAACUGCAUAUCUGAUUGCCCUGGAAUGGUAUCCUCCUCUCAUAUAACAGAGUUAGUACCUGUUCUAGCAAAGAUGCUUAAAAAACAUUCUGAUGGGGAGAUAGGCAUGCUUGAGGAGACAUUUAUAUUGACCUGCUCCGUUGUUGUAGCUAUCGUCAGAACUCCAUCUGUUCAUGGGAAUUUGAAUCUACAAAUUUCAAUUAAAGAAGCAAUGCAACAUGCUGUAUCAGCUUGUCUAAGUAUCUCGGAGAAGAAUCCUUGUAAACUUUUGCAUUCCUUGUUCCUACUUAAGGAGGUGUAUAAUAUUUAUAGUCGUGAAGGAAAUUCUACUGACUCCACUAAAGCGGAACUACGACAAUUUAUUGUGAAUGUAUGUACAAAACAUUUGUUACCUUGGCUUGGAACCAACUUCAAUGAAAUGGAUGAGGAAACUGUCCUUGGAGUAUUGGAAACAUUUCAUUCGAUACUGCUUCAGGAUUCCAAUAAUCAGGCAGCAGAACUCGCAGAGAACCUAGUUUCGAGCAGUUGGUUCAGUUUGUCUUUUGGAUGCCUGGGUUUAUUUCCCACAGAAAAGAUGAAAUGGAGGGUGUAUCUGAUGCUCAGUUCACUGGUAGAUGUUCUUGUGGGAAAUGAUUCUGGGCAACCUAUUAGAGAUGCUACUUUAUGUCUCCCAUCUGAUCCCAUUGAUUUGCUCUUUCUACUUGGGCAAAAGAACUCCCGUAAUCUGGAAUUAUCUUCUUGCCAAUCUGCCAUUUUGCUGAUUUUAUACACCAGUUCUUUAUAUGAUGAAAGACUUGCAGAUGAUAAGUUGGUUUUAGCUUCUCUAGAGCAAUAUAUUCUGUGGUUGUUUCAACAAGAGAAGCUCAGCACUCCACUGUCAUAUCAGCUUCUGAAAUUUUGUGGAAAGAAUAUAGGAAAUGGCAUCAUUGUCCAUGGAAAGAAUAGUCAUAUGGUAAAUAUUAGUUCAAUUGCAGAAUUAAUAGCAGGAGGAGAUAAUCAUGGAGCAACACUUUUGGUGUCCUUAUUGACACAACUUCUCGAGAAAGAAGGGCAUGAGCAUGACAUAAUUUCUGUAGUGCAUCUCGUGGGAACUAUUAUAGAUAUAUUUCCAAUUGCUUCUGACCAGUUAUGCUUGCAUGUGCACCAUGGAACCCUUUCUGAUGAUGAAUGUUGGCUUGCAGUGACUAUGAAGUUGAUAAAUAUUAUCACCACAAGAGCUGCAGACGGGUGGAAUCAAGAAUGUCUCAUAGUAACUGGCAUUCUUUGUUUAAUUUUGCACCAUUCUUCCAAUGAAGUGCUCAUAGCACCUUCGAAAGCCAUUAUUUUGAGCACUUCUCUAGUCUCUACAAUCAACAGCACAAUUCAUGAAGCAUGUCUAAAAGGACCAGCAUUGGUUGACCACGAUGAGGAAACAAGCUCUGGAGAAGUUUUAAUAUUUGUGCUUCUACUAAACUUCUUCUCCUUAAGAAGUUUGCACACUGUUUUACCAGGGAUUGUGGACUGGAAAAAUUUCUUUGAUCCCCGAGAUAGGUUACAGCCGAUUUCCUUUAUCCGGAUAUUCUGCCAUGACCUAUGCAGACUAGUACAUUUUGGAUCACCUUUGGUCAAACUUGUUGCCUCAUACUGCCUAUUGGAGUUGUUUACCCGAAUAUCUGAUCAGAGGAAUAGAACAGGGGAGGAGUUGGUAUGCACCAUGGACUACCUAAUGUCUGUAAUGGCUGUCCUGGAAGGCUUAAUUUUCUACAGUGACCUCAGAGUGGCUACGAAUUGUGGCCUUUGCCUAUCAAUGAUCUUGGGUUGGGGAUUGCCGGGAAUGCAAGGAACAAUUGUGAUUACAAAGAAUCAUUGGAGUAGGAUGAUUGUGGAAGAGCUGGCAAUGUCUUUAGCAGUCCCAUGCUUAGCAUCAAAAUCUUUCAUUAAUCUUCACAAGCCUGCAAUUCAUGUAGCAGUCACAUUGUUAAAGCUGCCGAAGGUUCCUGAGUGGAUGAGAUCGGUGUUUGAUGAUUCUUGCAUAUCUGGCAUCAUUCAAAACUUUGCAGCAAAUAAUUUGAGCACAGAGAUUGUACUUUUAUUUCGAGCUCUAUUGGACUCCGAGUACUUAAAGGCGGAACAAAUUUGUAGUGUAAAUCAGCUGCUCCAGGCCUGCAGAAAACAGAAGUACACUGACAACAGUCAAGAUGAAAGUGCAAAAGAGCAUAAAAAAAAGGCAGUCGCCAUCCUGGACGACAUGGGAGAAGGUUGUGAGUAUCUCAUUCACUUGAUGUCAUCUGAGUCUUGUCUAGACAGGGAUUCUGGGGGAUUAAAUUUCGGGGAUAAGAGAUUGUUAGAAGAAAUAGAGCUUUUCUUUAAAACUUCAACAGUAACAGAGGGCAGCUAA